GUUGUUUAAGAGUACCUGACUGAACUGGCCGACUGACAACUAGAAGUGGAUUGAAAAAAUCAUUAAAAGUUAGUAUGCGAAAGAUAACGAUGCUGAAAGCAAUACCGUUGAUAGUUAUUGCUACAUUUUUGACAAAUUCAGCUGCUGUUGCCGAAAUAAAAUGUGGAGCUUUGCGUUACAAAAUUGGGAAUUUAAAAACCUGUGAACCAAAACCUGGAUCAAUAAAAGAAUUACAGGCAUGUUACGAUCCAUGUGAAAAGACUCUGAUUGAUCCAAAGAAUUGCACAGAUUAUCCACAAUGUUGCAUUUAUAAUUGCAAAUGCGUGAUGAAAGGAGCUGGAUUCGUCAAAAUACCAGAUCAACUCAGAAUGCCAGACGCAAUAUUGAAAUCUGCAUCGUUGGGUAAAAGCAAAAUACCAAGAAUAAAAGGAUGCAAACGAUCAAAACCAUCGGCAACACCAGCAAAGCCCGAACUGGCAUCAAAGGCACCAACACCCAAAUCUGUAUCGACUAGGAAAACAACUGCAAUCCCUCCAAGUAGACCAAAAGCAUCUGCAAAACCGAAGCCAAUAAAAAACAAAAAACCGAAGCCAAUGAAAACUAAAAAACCCAAACGAAUACCAGUAAAGCCAAUAAAAAGGAAACCUGGACCCAAGAAACCUUCACCAACAAAACCAAAGCGUAAACCAGAACCCACUAGGCCAACGACCACAUCCAGAAAACCAACAACAAAGCCAUGUGCCACAAAGAAGCCAAAAAAUCCUUUUGCAUCUUUGUUUGCAAAUAGAUUUAGUUUCUUUUUAGGCCAAAUCGGUUUUGAAGCAGACUUAGUACCAUGUUAAUUUUAACAAACACGUGCUUUAUAUCAUGCGUCGACUUCACGCUGAUCCAAGCUGUAUUUGAAAUAUAUAUAUGUGGAUCAUAUUUUGUAAUACGACGGCCUGCAUGUAGGUCGCAAACAACUUUUAAUUUAAUUCUUAUUCUCUCUAUUGUUUCUUGCUGAAAUGGUUGUACAUAUUUUUGAAAGUGAAUGAGUAUGAGUAAUUUAUUCGAAUCGGUUCAGGCAAAAAUUUCAAAUCACCGCCAUCUUGUUUUUUUGCUUCACCAAAAGUUAAGGUGAAUACGUAAUUUUUUUUUGUUAAAGCAAUAUUUCUAAAUGCAAACUGAAAUGUGACUCUUUUCUUCCUAGUUAUUUGAUAAUGAAAUAUGUUUCAUAUUGUGUGUGAACGCUUAUCGAACUGUCUGAGGAUUCUAUGUUUUCAGUAAUUUAUGAGUUUACAUCACUCAUUAUCAUAAAAAGUCACAUACAUUUAUCAAUCUUCUAAGUAUUCCAGAAUCGAUUCGAUUAAAAAAAAAUAUUCGAUUCAAUUCUGAAUUUAUCCGGUAGUCUAAAAUUCCCAACCCUCGCAGGGAUUACGUUUCGAUGAGUAUUGUAUCACACAUAUAUUAUUUAAUAAAGCAUUCCACGGAAUACUGAUUUAUUUAUCAUAGAAAUCGAAGUCACCGCAAAACAUAAUUUUGAUUUUUUUGUCGAUAAAUGUAUAUACAUAAAUAAAUUUUAUUAAGUGAAAGAAUUUUAAACUACAAUUGACAGUAAUGUUUUGAAAAUAUAAUCGAAUAUAACAAUCUUGUUACAGAACUAGCUUGUUUAAGUAUUCAUUAGGUAAGUCAAGGCUACAUCCUAUGCGUAAAUUUAUAUUCGUCAUUUUUGAAGCGAGUUGAGUAGCAUUCGUUUGUUUUUUUAGCAAAUUUGACUCGAAAUAAUCAAACUAAGUUCUAAGUGCAGAGUAUGUUUUGUAUUUCCUCACUGCAUAUACGUCAUCUUCGCUAUAGCUCCGCCUUUACAAUUUGA